CAUCACCCGUCAUUAAUUCCUGCUAAUCCAUCCCUGAUUGGUAUCAGAGUAUUCACAUUUCGUCCUACUAGUCCCCUAGAAAUUAUAAAAGAACGACUUCGUUAUCCAAAGUUUUCCAUUACUCGCCCGUAUACC